UUCAUAACAUAUCGUUCGCUCUUUCAAUAUCCCACAACCAAACGGUUUAUAUACAAUUUUGUAUUGUUUUAAGAACCGUAUAUAUUUUUUUUUGUAAAUUUUUGUUUUUUACAUGAUAAAAGACGCGACAAACCGUAGUAAUUCUAAAUUUAAUCAAAUCGUGGAUCCUGUCAUGGAAAUAUUUAGACAAGUACAAGGUCGUCGCGGUGACGAGUCUCUACAAAAUCUGCUUUCAUUUCUAGAUACUCAUGUGGAGUCCAAGAGCUCAGAUAAGGAGGACUAUGAUGACGAUGGCGAGGGAAGCUUCUACAGUCGCAGUCUGAGUUUGGGCAAUGGUCUUGGACUUAAUCCUCAUGCCGAGGUCUUUGUGCCGUCAUUCUUGAAGAGCAAAUUGAAUAAACCAGAAGCUCGAGAGCCGGACACUAAGUCGGAGGCGACAUCGACCACAUCUUUGCAAAACGAUGAUGAUGAAAAUGACAGCGGGCUAGCAGAUGAUCAAGAGGAUACGUUUAAUAUACAAAGACAGAUUUUUGAGUUCCUUAGCCAAAUGGGCGAUGAGAAGCUAUCAUUGGAUACCAUUAAGAUCACCCUACUGCCUGAAGGCCAUGGAAUCAAUAUACAAUUUACCACUGAUCAGCAAGAGUUAUCUAUGCCCGGUAAGUCGAUCAGUGCAGAGGACUUGAAGAAGAUAAAAUCGUUCAAGGAGCAUCUAUGUCGCCAGACGGUUCUCAAUUUGGAUAUAGCCGAUCAGGAGAAACUCGCGAAUAAACCCGAAAAUGUUUUGGUGGCUCAAUUCUUGCAAAGAGCCAGUGAAUUAUUGAGUGAGAAGUACGAAUGGAAUGCUCCAAACUCAACGAAAUGUGACAAAUGCUCCAUAAUCUGGGCCAAUCGUAGCUACACCGAAGCGGAGAUUGAGCAGCAAAUCGAGUGUAUAAAAUCGUUUGAGAAAUUCAUAUCCUUAACAGGCUCAAUAAAAUUUCAAGACUUGAGCGAUCACAAGGAAUUCCAAGAACUGUGCUGCAAAUUGGGUUUAAUCACAGACAAGGACCAAGUGAAUCUUUCUGAACCGCAGCCCCCCACCACUGCGACUCCAGAGAAGGACCUUGCCGAAGAGGAGGAUCCACAAGCCAUAACUGAAUAUGUUUGUGGCAAGAUCUAUAGAUAUGAUGAUAGCAAUGGUCAGUCUACAUUGGUGAAUCAAUUGGAGGACGAUGGAGACGAUCAUAUAAAUCGAAUCAUUGAAGGCGAACUGUUAAUCUACAACGAGGAUCAGCCAAGUCUUGAUGCUCCACCAACAACACCGGCGAUGUCCAUGACAAUAACUGGUCUCGCAUCACCAAGCAAAGUGCGCAAGUCACCCAAGACAAAAGGGAGUGCUCGUCCCCAGACCCACAGCAGUAAUGGUGGUCCACCACGAAAAAAUGGAAAAUUGCAAAAUGAAAAGGUUAACUUGAAUAUACAGAAAAUGCGUUUAAAUGAAGUAAAUGGAACUGCAUCCACUAAAACUAAAACUCAGCUGGGUGCACUUCAUCCAAGUGGAAAGAAAGCCAGUACAAUCCAACAUGCCACCUUGCCCAUGUCAUCGGGUAUGCAGCCACCGAUUGUUACUUCAAUGACAGGACGUCGUCAGGGAUCAGCCCGUUUGGCGACUGGUCUCAAUAGUGGCAAACAGCGCAUGGCCUCAUCAUCGACUAGUUACGGGCCAAAGGCAACUAAACUGAAUUCGACAAAAGGUAACCUGGUUGCCCCAGUGCAGAUGGUGCCACGUAGCACCACCGCCUCAUUGAUGAGACAGUCGGCGGUUAAGAGGCGUUUGAAUAUGUUGAGAGGCGACAGUGACUCGGAUGUGCCUCUGCACGAAUAUCUUUUUAAGUAACCAUUGAAAGAGUGGAUUAAAUUGUUUCAGAAGGCAUCUACAAAUCUGUAGUCAGUCUUACUAUACUAUGUGUGUGUUACGUAAUAUGUGUUAAUGAUCCUAUACAAAAAAUUAUUAAGUUAUUUGACUUUAAUUACAAUUAUACCAAUUAUUAUUAAAUAUUCUGAACUUUAAACCGUA